GAGAAUAAAACCAAGCUGUCAGACCAGCAGAGAGCUGUAAGGAGGGGACAGAACCCUUUUCCUAUCUAUGCCAGUCUUAAUGUGAGGUCGGACCUCAGCGCUCGAGAUUUUGGAGAGUGGUUUGAAUGCACUCCUUAUGAAGCUGGAAUUCCAAAAUAUGGAGCUUACAUCCCCAUUCAGCAUUUUGGAAGCAAAUUCUUCAUGGGAUACCUGAUAAAGAAAUGUCCAGAAAUGAGAAUCAGCUUCUUGGAAGGCCAGUGGGGUAGUGCUUUUGCAGCAAAUUUGGAGGAGAUCCUGAGGGAGAUGAUGGGCGCUUCCAACACAUGGAUGCAGAACUUGCAGGAUGCUAUUAAAACAACAGAUAAUCCACAAUCAAGAAAAAAUCAACCUGCAAUGCGAACAAUAAUUCCAGGGGGCAUGCUGGACAGUAUGGUAAAGAAUUUAUUUGUGUCACGCCUGACAGGGUCAGAGAUCUGCAACUUCCUACGUGGCCUCUUUCUGCAUCGGCAGUAUAAAGAGAACCAUUACUUCAUGCGUGGACAAAUUCAACACCUGGACUCCUCUCCAAACAAUCUGACGCCAAUGACAAAUCAGUUGUACUUGGUUGAUGCUGGAUUCUCAAUUAAUUCGGCAUUUCCCCUUGCCCUACGGUCACAGAGACAUAUCAAUGUCAUCCUGUCUUUUAGUUUCAGUCAAGGAUCGCCAUUCAAGGUUCUGAAGAAGACUGAAGAAUUUUGUAGAGACCAUAAUAUCCCUUUCCCAAAGAUUGAUGUGGCAGACAUCCUUGAGAACAGCCUACAAGAAUGCUACGUCUUCAUGGAUGAAAACAAUCCCAAAGUUCCUAUAGUAGUUCAUUUCCCUCUCACAAAUGCGACAUUCAAAGAUUACGUUUCUCCAG